CUCCGCCAGUCGUUGUGCAACACUGGUCUGGUCAGCAAAGCAAAAAGCAGAGGCAAAGGCAGAAAGAGUUUGCGUCUCUUACGCGAAAAUCAAGAUAAGAUUCGGAAUCGAAGGGGUCCCUAAAUAUGACUAAUCUGCGCCCCGUUUGAUCGGAAGUCAUCAGCCCACCCACUGGCUAAUAUGUGAGCGUCGUGAAUCGGAGAAAAGCCAGCAGCCAGCAGUUUCCAAUCAGAAUCGAGUGCGAUACAAGUGCAACAGUGAGAAAAAUUGAAAGUGAUUUUCGCGAGUUGCGGAAAACCCAGUGCCAUUUGCAUACAAUAUAUGUGUAUCAAUGAUUUUUGAAGGAGCCAUGUUGCGCGGCUUCAGUUGAACUCUUCAACCCGGCAGAUACUCCCAGUGGCUGCUUAUUUGUUUUCCUUUUUGUUUGUUGUUUAUUGUUGCUGCCCGCUGCUGACGUCGCAAGAUGGUCUCGCUGAUAAAGAACCAACUACUCAAACACUUGUCCAUAUAUACGAAGAACCUCUCCUCGGACAAAAUCAACCUGAGCACCUUUCGCGGCGAGGGCGAGCUCUCGAACCUGGAACUGGAUGAGCGGGUGCUCACCGAGCUGCUGGAGCUACCCAGCUGGCUGCGCCUCACCUCCGCCUGGUGCAAUCAUGUCUCCUUCCGGAUUAGCUGGACCAAGCUCAAGAGCGUACCUAUAACGUUGACCCUGGAUGAAGUGCGCAUCACCAUAGAGACCUGUAACCCAACGACUCGAGAUGCAGGCGGAGGAUCGGGAGCAGGCUCUCCCACCGCUGCUGCCGCAGCUCUGCCGCAAGUGCCACAGGGUAAAUACAGCUUCAUCCACAAAGUAGUCGAUGGCAUCACCAUAGUGGUCAACACGGUGAACGUGAACUUCGUGAGCGCCGCCUUCACCGCCUCCGUUCAGAUGUCGCGCAUCCGUGUGGAAUCCAAGACUCCCAAGUGGGCUAAUGCCGAUCUUCGGCUGACGCGGCUCAAGGACGCCCAGAAGGGCAUCAUACUGAUCUUUAAGGAGCUCUCCUGGCAGACGGUGCGCAUCGAGGCGAGUUCCACGCAGGACAAGUCGUUGACACCACUGCGACUGCUGACCAAUCAUGCCAGGUGCCGCAUCACGAUCCGGAAACGGCUCUCCGACUGUUCGCUGCUCGCUUCCCGCCUGGUCCUCAUCCUGGACGAUCUGCUGUGGGUGCUCACGGACUCCCAACUAAAGGCGGCUCUGCAUUUUGUGGACUCCCUGUCCGGAUUGAUCAAGGCAGCCACUCAUGCCACCCAGAAGACGAAGGCGGCUCGCAAAAUGCAGACACUGCCCGAGUACAAGGCCCAGGUGGAGCAGCAGCAGAAUCGUCUCUCCGAAUCCGCCCACACGACGAAUGCGCAACGUAUGUUCAACGCCUUCGAUGUGCGGGAGACCUCGUAUCAUUUCUUUAGCCAGCGGAUUGAUCUUCAUCUGUGCGACGACGAGGGAGACGGACGCUCUAGCUACCCUGAUCUGGACAAGGGCGGUGCCCUUCAGGUCUCGGUGACCGCCUUUCAGGUGGACUACUAUCCCUAUCACCUGGCCAAAUCGGAUCGCUCGCACUGGGCUAAGUACAAGGAGGCCUCGGUGGCACCGGCUCUGUGGCUCAAGGAAUCACUGAAUGCCUUUCGGGAGGCCGUGCUCAAUCUGAGUCAGCCCAAUCGACCGGCCACUCAUGCGCCGCUGGAACGGAGCACUCCCGCCUCACCGAUUAUGCUCAGUGCCAGCAUGCUGGGCUCACAACAUGGAACAGGCAGCUUUUCGAAUGGCAGCAGUACGCCCACAGCAGCCGGAUUGGCUGGGGGUUCGGGAGGAGGUUCAGCUGGUUCCGGCACUGCCUCCGUCAACAGUCAACUGUCCCAGGCAGCGCAGCAAAGGAGCACUUUGGAGAACCUGGCUAAGCUGAUGAGCUCAUGUGUUAUCUUGCGUAUCGAGGACUUCACCCUGUAUCGGGUGACCACGUCGGGGAAGAAGGCCAUGCCCAAGGAAUUUGUUUCGGCGCAACAUAAAAGGAAGAGCAAAUCCUCAGGUGACAAGGAUCGGUAUUCCUUUCCUGCCGAGAUGCCUAUUAUACAUGCGGAAUAUACUUACUUCUACUAUCCUGGGGACUUUGUCUUUCCAUUGCCUCCUUCGAAGGUCUUUGUGCAUGUGAAUCCCAUUCAGGUUCACUUUGAUCUCAGCUCAAUCCUGUGGCUCAACUCCUUCGGCCUUAAUCUGCACGAGAGUCUCCUCCGCACCAGCGUGGGAUCCCAGAGCACUCUGCAUCCGCAACAGGAGCAGCUGCCACGCGGCUCGAUUGCCUCCAAUGGCUCCAAUGGCACACAGAAGGCAGCCGCCGUCAAUGUUGACCAGGAGCCGAAUCUGAUGUACAUGGAUGUCAAGGUGGAAGCGAUUAUGCCGCGUGUCGUCAUGGAGGCAGCGGUGGAUGCUCCCAGUCAAAAGGAUCGGCCCAAGACCAUGCAGAUUCAGGUGUCCCGCUUUGCGUUGACCAACAUCCGGGAGAUGGGAAGCUCAAGGGCGGAUCUGGCCCAGGCCCUGCACUCCCUGCAGGAGGGAUCCCUGGUCUUUGGCUCCGGCUUUCCUUCCGUCGAGGGUGACAUGUGCAUCGUAACGGAUCGCAUUCUGUCGCAUGUGGCUGCUUCGGAUGUUAGCAUGAUGUCGCCCGGAACGCCGACGACGGGUCAGCAACUGCCCCGAUCCGCAUCCACGCAGUACCUAUCCCGUUAUGUCAUGUGGCUGGAGCCGCGGGAUGUGUGGUGCAUUAAGCUGGACCCGGUUUGGGUGGAUUUCAUGGGCGCCCGCUCGCUGGGCCCCAACAAAUCCAUUCCGUUCGUGGACGCGGUCCCCAUCACACUGUGGCUGCACUCCGGCUCCGCCCAGGCACAACUGGAUGUGGGAAAGAGCGGCGGGAAGGCGGCCAGCAUGGAGAGCAUGGGCCUAGCCCCUCUGCCCACGCUGCCGCCCCUCCAGCCGUGCAAUCCCUUCCUGAGCGAUGAGGAUGUGCGUCUCGCUGGCGUUGCCGCGGGAGCCUCUCCACCUGCGCCUGCUCCGGAUCGCACGGCGGAUAUUCAUGCCAUUGCACACAUCUCGAACCUGGUCAGCCUGCAGAUCGAUCACUAUCAGCUGCUCUUCCUGCUGCGCCUCGCCGAGGAAUUGAAUGAGAUGUCCACCUUCCUAAAUCUGGACGCCGAGCGCAUAUUGCAAAAGCAAAACGAACAAAAGUCUAUCAUUUUUGGGUGCGUUGUGCCGCAGAUCGAGGUGACGCUCGUGAUGCCAUCGCCAACACCUGGUAAGGAAUCAAGUGGUGGUGAUGCUGAAAGCGUCGUACCCGAUUCAGCUAGUUUGGGUGAUGAUUUACACAUGAAUAGCGGCAACAUCACCUGGCCCACACCACCGCCAUUGGAUCAGCUGAAGAGCAAUACCUUCGGCAGCGUAGAGACACCUUCCCCGGUGACCAAUGACCCGCCUUUUGACAGUGGCAUCCACAUAUCCAAUCCCAAUACGCAUGGCUAUAAUGUUCAGAUACAAAGUACGCCCACGUUGGCUUCAUCCACGCCUAGCCAGGGAUCUCGUCCAGAUACGGGUAUCUCCACGCAAUCGCAAUCCCAAACGCAAUCGAUCUCGUCCGCCUCGAAGAGUGGCCGGAGUGCAGCUAGUCGAACCGGCGGAGGCGACGCCGUGCCCAGUCUUACCAAGGAGAUCAACUCGGGACUGCUGUCCAUGAAGAAGGGUUUCUCGAGCUUCAUGACCUCCAUUGAUUCGGCCAUUAAGUCGGGCACACCGAACGACGAUGCCAGUGAUACCUUCUCCAUACAGAGCGACAUUAGUUCCGAUUCGGAGAACUUUGCCAUUGUGAUGGGCGACGACAAGACCAUGGACUGCAUGGAUGUCAUGUUCCGGCUUAAUCCCUUCACCAAUGAUAACAACAUGAAGGCCUCGCCGGUGGAGGUGGCCAGUGAGGUGUACGAGGAGCAGCCGAGCAGCUACAAGACGAACAUGUCCUCGCCAUCGGAACCCUCGGAGGGCAGCACCUGGCGGCGACGCGAUCUUGUGUCCAUGGCCACCUUUAGGUUGACCACCGUGGAGCUGAUUCGUCAGCAGGAGGGUCCCAAAUCCUCGGUUCGCCUGCAGGUGGCUGCCGUUUCCUGUGACGAGUGUGGCGCCAUUCCCUGGGAUGAGUUGCAGAUCGCGCAUCAAGCAAACAAGACCAAGUUUGGAGCGCGUUGCAAAGCCUGGAAUCUGGCACCUUACAAUCCAGAGGCUCCACCUUGCAUUCGUCUGCGCUUGGAGGAGACUUUGAAUAUGCCAAAGGAAAUUGAGGGCAUCAUUGAUCGUAAACGCAUUCAGAGCUGGAUCACUCACCAUGCCGAAAUUCGUGUGAAAGACAUCAAUCUGGACCUGUCCAUGAGCACCGUAAUUGGCCUAGGUGAUCUGGCCGAGGAUGAGGUCAUAUCCCCGCCCAUGCCUGUAACAGUAAAUCUGGAGAAUGUACGCAUCAAUUUGCUUGAGGACCGUCCACCCGUAAACAUUACCUCACCGGGUCCAGUGCCCAUAAAUCUAUGCAUUGGUCGCAUGCGUCUGGAGCGUGAUCAGAGUGGAUUAUUAAACAUACAGCCUAUAGAUACAAACAUGAGUGCCACGCAGCAUCAGGCGCUGGGCAGUGCCUUAUUUGGAGCUCCUCGUGAAAGGGAUCGGGAACUGCUGUCCAUGCAGCUGGUGAUGCAGCAGAUGAAGCUGGACAACGAUCAGCUGCGCAGGCAACUAGUGGACUCGAAAGUCAACACAGAGAGCUAUAGGCAAAAGAACAAACAGGAGUCUGAUGUGCUGCGAUCCUAUUUGAAAGCUGCUCAAGAUGAUAUAAGCAUACUGCUGGAGGAGAAGAAGGCCUUACUGGACACCAUUCGUUCCUUGCAGGUUCAACUGACCUCAUCGAAUAUGAGCCGAAAGAGUGAUGGCAAUAGGUAGCACAACUGCAUGGACUGCAUACAAUGCUGCGGCGAGAACAACAAUGCCUAGCACUAAGCUGAUCCCCAGCCAGUAUGCCGUAUAGUCAGAUGAUAUAGUCCUUCUUACCCAUGACGUCCUCAACAUCAUCGCCAUUCGAUUUUGAGUUUAGCAGAAGACUGAGCCGUUCCCGAAAGCGGGCACUUUUCACGUUGCCGUUCGUCAUUCUUACUUAUACACCGAAGUAUCUAUAUAACUAUAACUAUACUUACACAUUGUUUUUAUCGGUUUUAAGCUGCCACAAGCUUUUGCUAUCGUUCCAAAGAAUGCUUUAUUUUUAUUCAAAAUUUUUGGAAAGAUUUUUAUGUUGAUCUAUUGCGUAGCCUUUUUAGAAACAGACUUUUAACUAACCACCAUUGUUAAUUAUUUUACAAGAAGAUAAUCAAAGCGGAAGCUCGAACUAUGUACAGUCGUGUCAUUGAUAUUGCG